CUCCUCUUCGCUCUCUUGCUCUCUCUCUCCCUCUCCAGCGCCUCCACGAGAUGGAAGGACAGACUUCCCAAUCUUCUCAGAUAAUUGAAGUAACUGUGGAUAUGCCUGCUGGAGUGUCUAGUUUGGGUGGUCGGAGGAUUUGUGGAGGUGCUGCAUGUGAUUUCUCUGAUUCCAAGUCCACCUUAAAAGAUUCAAAAGAAAGAUCAGCAUCCAUGAGAAAGCUUAUCAUUGCCGUCAUUCUGUGCAUCAUAUUUAUGAGUGUAGAAGUCAUUGGUGGCAUCAAAGCGAACAGUCUUGCAAUCUUGACUGAUGCUGCCCAUCUUCUCUCGGAUGUUGCUGCCUUUGCCAUCUCGUUGUUCUCUCUCUGGGCAUCGGGCUGGGAGGCAACUCCACGUCAGUCAUAUGGUUUCUUCCGGAUUGAAAUUCUUGGAGCUUUGGUUUCUAUUCAGCUGAUAUGGCUCUUGACUGGUAUUUUGGUUUUCGAGGCCAUUUCCAGAAUGAUAAAUCCGAGUGGUGAGGUCCAGGGUUUCUUGAUGUUUGCUGUCUCAACCUUCGGCUUGGUUGUAAACAUCAUCAUGGCUGUUUUGCUGGGUCAUGAUCAUGGCCAUGGUGGGCAUGGGCAUGGCCAUGCUGGACAUAGCCAUGGUCACGGUGGGCAUGGCCAUGACAAACACAGCCAUGGACAUGAGAAAUCUGGUGAUUAUCACUCUCACCAUCAUGAUGACCAUGACCAUGACCAUGUUGGGGAGCAUGGCCAUUCAGUUAGCUUCUCAACUCAUCACCAUCACUCAAGGGAGGACAAAAAGGAUGUUCAUGAACCUCUUUUGAAGCAUUCUGAUUCUGAGAAGGGCAGUUCAGAUGGAAAGAAAGCUAAUCAGCGUAACAUCAAUGUUCACAGCGCUUAUCUUCAUGUCCUUGGUGACUGUUUCCAGAGCAUUGGAGUGAUGAUUGGAGGUGCAAUCAUUUGGGCUUAUCCCAAAUGGACGAUCAUUGAUUUGAUAUGCACUCUUGUCUUCUCAGUGAUCGUACUUACAACUACCAUCAAAAUGCUGAGGAACAUACUUGAGGUGCUCAUGGAGAGCACUCCUAGGGAGAUUGAUGCGACCAGACUUGAGAACGGACUCUGUGAGAUGGACGAUGUUGUGGCCAUUCAUGAACUGCACAUCUGGGCUAUAACUGUGGGGAAAGUGCUGCUUGCAUGCCAUGUGACGAUCACACCUGAGGCUGAUGCUGAACAUGUCCUUGAUAAGGUGAUAGGAUAUAUUAGGAGGGAGUAUAAUAUUAGUCAUGUUACCAUUCAGAUUGAACGUGCGUAGGCUAUAUGCAUUUACUGAGAUAGAUGGACUUUGGUGUUUAAUGUGCUGUCUCUAUAAGACGGUAGUUGUAUUUGGCCUUUGGAAAGAAUAUAAAACAAGCCAUGAGGCCAUUCAGAUGCUCUGGACUGAGCCUGGACGUAUCACCAUGUGCUGAGAUUGUUUUGGUUAUUUCUAUUCAUGUGCUACUUGCUCUUUCUCAAUUUCAGGAGGUUUUAAUUUGUUUUUUUUUCGAUUAGCCUUCCCAUGGUAAUCUCAAUAUUCCAAAUUUAGAUAGGCUUCUAGUGGCCGUGUUUAGCCUCAUGAAUUGCAGGCUGUGGGCGCUGUUUUUAUUGUUGACUUAGUUCAUUUUUAACAGCUUGCUUUGCCUUAGCUUA